AUGGUAGUUUUAGGAACGUUAUUGUCAGCGUUUUGGUGCAUGGUUUACCCAGUUUUCGCACACCAUGGACACAGACAUCACAUCAUAAAGGAGAAAUGGCUAGAUGCGCACGCUACAUUCUAUGGCGGCAACGAUAUGUCUGGAACGAUGGGAGGUGCAUGUGGGUAUGGAGACCUGCCCGAGCAGGGGUACGGAAUAUACACGGCUGCAUUGAGCACGACACUGUUCAACGAUGGGCUGAGCUGCGGAGGAUGCUACAAACUGAAGUGCAGGCAAGAGGACGACCCACAAUGGUGUCUACCCGGAGCCUCAGUCACUGUAACGGCCACCAACUACUGCCCGCCCAACUAUGCUCAACCCAACAACGCCGGCGGGUGGUGCAACCCUCCUCUUCCUCACUUCGAUUUGUCUGUUCCUGCGUUUGAGAAGAUUGCCAAAUACAAGGGCGGUGUGGUUCCCGUGCGCUACACAAGGGUGCAAUGCGUGAAGAGUGGAGGAAUUCGGUUCACUAUAACUGGGUCGCAGUAUUUCCAGCUUGUGCUUAUCACCAACGUGGGAGGAGCCGGAGACGUGGUCGCCGUGUCCGUGAAGGCCAACCACCCACGGACCCGCUCAAACUCCGGUUGGCAAAGGAUGUCCCGUAACUGGGGGCAAAACUGGCAAAGCCAUUUUAACUUACAAGGGCAGACCCUGUCGAUCAAAGUGACCACUAGCAAUGGGAGAAGCGUCAUUUCGCACAAGGUGGUCCCUGCGUCCUGGCAAUUCGGCCAGAGUUUUCAAGGAAGGCAAUUUUAG